AUGGGCAAUUAUAUUGAACAGACCAGCACAGAUUUAGUUGAAACACCCUUAUAUGUUGCACCUGAGCUUGCCAAGGCAUUCAAAGAUAGAGUCUUGACAUUUACAACAGAUAGUGAUAGUGAUGGUGAUACUGCUCAAUGUGAAUAUGACAAAUCCAUUGAUAUCUGGUCAUUUGGAAUAAUAAAUUACUAUAUGUUGUCACAAAAAUAUGCUUGGAAUGUUAAUAAUCAUGUUAAGAAGUGA